ACAUGAGGCAGCCAGCUGAACUGUGAUUGCAGCUCUGGAUGUAGUGGUCAGUGGGUCCUGAGCUUGUACUACAUACACACGUGGCUGCAGAGCUCUGGAGAGGAGUGCAAGCUCUGCGGCACAGAGAUGCGGGCCGGCGGCUCGUGUUCCCGGCUGCACUGAUGAGAGGUCCGGUCAGGGUUCCUCAGGACAGAUGCCAGCCAUAGGAUGGACCCCCGCAGAGGGGCACUGAAUCACAUUUUCACACCUUGUUAAAAACAAAAAGCGCCUUCAUCAGGAGUUUGUUUUUCUGCUUUUAAAAUCAGGAAAUGAGUUUUAUGGGAUUUCCAGGUUCUGGCCUCGACCCGCAACAAACUGAUAUAAAUAUAUGAGGAGUGAGAGAAAAAAUCCCAAAACAGUAGAGAUAGAGCAAGAGAGCGUCGGCCUCAGCGCAGCCAUGGUGCCCUCCGCUCUGCCCGUCCUGGCUCUGCUCCUGCUGCUGCUGCCAUCCGCACAGACUCGCUGCUACUUCCAAGCCAAAGCUCUGUGUCGCUAUUCUGGGAAGAGUUUCAAGCUGGGGGAAUCAUGGCUGGGGCCAGACUGCCAGCUCUGCACCUGCCUGCACCCUGUGGGAGUAGGGUGUUGUGAGAUGUGAGUAUCCAACUUCUUAGAGAUCUUAUACUGUAGAAUAUAAAUCGGAAAACCGCUGCCUUAGAGGCUGCACUACUGCAGCACUUCUGUGAGGCAGUGUGGUCAAGGAGACAUCGUCCAAAUCAAUGACCACAAAUAACCAAUGUGAGUCAACACAAAAGGGCGCAAAUGUAAUAAUCCUAUAGAUGGUGUAAGCUUAGCCCGGACUCUAGACCAGCCCCAGAUUUACUAAUCCUGUAGAUCAGGGAUGCCCAACCUGCGGC